UUUACAUGAGUCCGUGAACGCAGAAUCAGCUACAGUGUGGUGGUGGGACGGGCUUGAAGCGGAAGGUCAACACAAUCAUGGCGUGGAGAGGAUACGCGAUAAAAUGGGCCAAAACAGAGUUCGUGAGAUCCCAGAACACCACUCCACGAAGCUCCAGUCUUAACCCCUACAACCAGCAGAGGUGUGGAUUUCGUCGGGAGGCCAAAAGGCCAGACAUAAAGAAAAAAAAUGCCACGCAGGAAACAAACACCUCAGCCACUGAGGCUGGCACCCCGGUGCCCCAGCCUCCUCCUAGAGUCCCCAGGCCUACACUUUUCACACCGCUGAUGUUCACAGUAGGGUUUACAGGCUGCUCCUUUGGUGCGGCGGCCAUUCUCCAAUAUGAGAGUCUAAAGUCAAGACUUCAGACUGCAAAAGAUGAAGAGAAUUCAGAAAAAGGCAUGCAGGGCACCCAGGACAUGGCAUACUGGCACAACUGGUGGAACCAGCUGUCCAGCUUCCAGCGACAGCUCAUUCUCCUGGUGUCCAUGGUGGAUGACUUCUGGAACAGCCUCACAGAGGGACAGAAGACUGUGACAGGUAUUAUCGCACUAAAUGCCGCCGUCCUCUGCUGUUGGCGAAUCCCUUCAAUGCAAAGAAGUAUGCUUAAGUACUUCACGUCCAACCCAGCUUCCAAAACACGCUGCCUUCCCAUGGCUCUGUCCUCCUUCAGUCACUACUCCAUCAUCCACAUGGUGGCCAACAUGUAUGUCCUAUGGAUAUUCUCCUCAGGGAUCGUCUCUCUUUUGGGGAAAGAGCAAUUUCUUGCAGUUUACCUGUCUGCUGGUGUGAUUUCCACUAUGGUCAGUUACACAUGUAAGGCAGCCACCGGGCGUCUCUAUCCAUCAUUAGGGGCGUCCGGCGCCGUCAUGGCCGUGCUCGCUGCUAUCUGCUCUAAGAUGCCAGAGGCCAAGCUUGGCAUAAUCUUCCUUCCCAUGGUCACUUUCACAGCAGGAACAGCUCUGAAAGCGCUAGUUGCCAUUGACACAGCAGGACUUCUGUUGGGAUGGCGGCUGUUUGACCAUGCAGCUCACCUUGGCGGAGCCCUCUUUGGAGUGUGGUAUGUGGCAUAUGGUCAUAAACUCAUCUGGAGGAAGAGGGAGCCCCUUGUGAAGUUGUGGCAUGACAUUCGUUCACCAGGCAGCCGAGGUUCUAGGCCUGGACGUGGACCCGGGGGUGGACCCGGGGGUGGACCCGGGGGUGGACCCGGGGGUGGACCCGGGGGUGGAGGACCAACAUCAUAAGUCCCUGAAAUUCUUUGUGAAAGAACUGGAACCCAUCCAAAAGAAUAUGCAAGGACACUUUUAUCCAAUGACAUGGAGUGGACUGUUAUUAAUAAAUAAAUCUAGUUUUCACAUCCAAAGUUAGUAAAGAGCAUUUGCUGAUUUAAUGCCUUAAAAGCAGGUGAAACUUCAUGUCUAGCGUUGCAGUCGAGAUGUUUACUUUGUAGACUUUAAGCACCUGUUAUGCUACCGGUAAUCUGUAACUCUGCUACCUCAUUUAGCCAUUUUCCACCAAUGCUUUGCCAAAUCUCAAACUGGUUCUACACAUUUACACCAACAAAGAAUGGUGGCACCACAAAAAUGAGUCUCCCAACACUUGGAUUCAGUGAUUUCAGAAGCAAUGGGAAUAUUACUGCAAGUAAUUUACCACUAAUUUCCAAAUGUAGCAUUCAGAUUCGGCCCUGUGUGACACUAACGUCUGAUAUAGUAUGCAAAAAUUAAGUUCUGACACUUGCCAAAAUAUGGCCAUCGACCAGCACCAGACUAGGCACAUUACUGGUGGAAAACAGGUGUUAGUAAUCCAAAGCUAAAAACCUUUUUAAUCCAUGUUUUUGUGUCCAUGUUGUUCUGGAAAACUGCAUUAGCCAUCAGACAAAAGAACAAAAAUUCCACAUUAGAAAACAAAGAAUUUUAUUGUCUGAUCCUUUUCCUCUGUUAACACACUCAUUCAAACUACUAGCUUUACAUUGAGAGAAAAAUAGAACAAAUAAGCAUAUCCAAUGAUUUUAGAUAAAUGGGCACUCCCACGUAUACCUACUAAUGUAAAUAAUUCAUUUGGUAACAAAUCUCUUUAUCAGUGCCCUCUAUUACAGUAAAAAGUGGCCAAGGCACUUUUUU